UGUGCUAAGAUAAUUCCUAUCACAGAAGAAGAAGAAAUCUUUUUAAUAAAUCCUACCACAAAGAAGCCUAUCUUCAAAAAGGCAAAACAUAAAUACAAAAUGUGGUGACAAGUUGCACGCUGUGACACACAAAUAUCCUAGUACCAAUAAGUUUGUCCAGAACCCUAAGAAACAAUAAUCAGGAGGCCCCUCGAAACAAAAGGAACCCAGAAAAAAAGAAAACAAAGAAAAGAAAAAGGAAAACAGUAUUGGACCAUUGGUAUUGCAAUUGGAAUUGAAUAGGCAUUAGCAUUAUAAUAGCCCCCGAAACUGAAAGCCACAUUUGACUGAAAGAAGGAGACAAAAAUAGAGGAGCAAAAAUUAGAAUUGUAAGCACACAGUUUCCACCUAACUCCACCGCUCAAUUAGUUGGUUACAAUAUCUGCCACCCACCCAAAUGAGUCGCUCAUUGAAAGCUUUCAACAAGCACCUUACUCUCCUCCCUCUUCAUCAACGCACCGCUUCUUCUUCUUCUCAUGCCUUCAUAGCUUCCUCUCCUCUCCCUCUUUUUCCACAUCUUGUUUCCUACCCCAGCUUCUCUUUCUCUCUGUUUCGUCCACUCUCUUCAUCUGCACCUGCUACAUUGAUGGAGGUGGUCAAAGCAAUUGCCAAGCACGAACCUGCAGCUCCUGAAAGUGUUGCUAUCAGAGCUGAUCAGAAGAGUUAUAGUUACAAGCAACUCAUCACAUCGGCACAGAAGAUAUCUAAUCUCUUGUGUGGCAGUGAUGCACAGACAGGAAAUCUCGGUGGAGCUCGAAUAGGAAUUGUAGCCAAACCUUCUGCUGAAUUUGUUGCUGGAAUACUUGGGAUUUGGCUUAGUGGAGGUGUUGCUGUUCCGCUUGCAACCAGCUAUCCAGAAGUAGAGCUCUUGUAUGUGAUUAAUAAUUCGGAUGUAUCUGCAAUACUGAGUACUGAGGAUCAUACUGAAAUAAUGCAAAGCGUAGCCAAUAAAAGCUCUUCUCAGUUUUUUCAUCUUCCACCUGUUCUCAACAAGUCUUCUGAGAAAAGCAGAGAUAAACAUUCACAGAAUGGGGGAAUUCAUACAGAUAAAAUUUUGUUGGAUAAGUUUGGAAGAUCAAGUGAAGAUCCAGCACUGAUUUUGUACACUAGUGGGACAACGGGUAAACCUAAGGGAGUUGUUCAUACACACAGAAGCAUCAUUUCCCAGGUACAAACUUUGACAAAAGCUUGGGAGUACUCAUCUGCUGACCAGUUUCUGCAUUGUCUACCACUACAUCAUGUUCAUGGGCUUUUCAAUGGUUUAAUGGCCCCUCUCUAUGCAGGUUCCACGGUUGAGUUUUUGCCAAAAUUUAGUGUGAGAGGAGUUUGGCAGAGAUGGCGUGAGUCAUAUCCAACCGAUGGUUCUAAGGCUGAAGAGGCUAUAACUGUGUUCACUGGAGUUCCAACUAUCUAUGCCCGAUUGAUACAAGGUUAUCAUGCAAUGGAUCCUGAGCUACAAGCUGCUUCAGUAUCUGCUGCAAAGAACUUGCGUCUUAUGAUGUGUGGGUCCUCUGCACUUCCACUGCCUGUUAUGCAAGAAUGGGAAGCCAUCACUGGGCAUCGCUUAUUGGAACGAUAUGGCAUGACUGAAUUUGUUAUGGCAUUGUCGAAUCCAUUGAAAGGUGAGCGCAAGCCUGGAACCGUUGGCAAACCAUUUCCUGGUAUACAGGUCAAGAUUAUUGCAGAUGAAGAGAGUGUGAAUGGAAAUACUGGAAUGGGUGAGCUUUGCAUUAAAAGCCCUUCAUUGUUUAAAGAAUAUUGGAAACUUCCUGAGGUAACGAAGGAAUCAUUUACUGAUGAUGGAUUCUUUAAGACUGGAGAUGCAGUUACUACAGAUGAAGAUGGAUAUUUCAUCAUUCUAGGACGUACUAAUGCUGAUAUAAUCAAGGCUGGUGGAUAUAAGCUGUCUGCAUUAGAAAUUGAAUCGGUUAUAAUAGAGCAUCCAGCUGUCUCAGAAUGUUGCGUUUUAGGCCUACCAGACAAAGACUAUGGAGAGAUUGUUGGUGCAAUCGUUGUGCCAGAGGCCGAUGUUAAACGAAAACAAGAUCAAGAAUCAAAGCCUGUUCUAAGCCUAGAAGAAUUAUCCAACUGGGCCAAAGACAAAAUUGCACCUUACAAGAUUCCAACUCAGCUAAUCGUGUGGGAUAAACUCCCUCGCAAUGCCAUGGGGAAGGUAAAUAAAAAAGAGCUGAAGAAGCUGCUUGUUUCAGAACAGUGAAGACCAUUUGAUCAUUUAUUCAUAUUCACUAGGCAAAGUUAAUUUAUUGAAACCAGUUUAAGAUGGUGGCAAUCUCAAAUAAAAUUGCACCAAUUAUUGAGUGAAAUAGAAACCUUUAUAUUAUGACAUUUAUAAGUUGAAUAAGUUUUAGCAUAUUAUUAGGGGGAAGAUAAAGGAGAAAGUAUAGCAUAAUUUUAGCAUUUUAGCUGUAUGAAGGCGAUUGAUUGAAUGUGUUUAAUAAGAAGUAUUUAUUGUAUUGAAAAUGAAAAAAUGUUUAAUAUUUACUUCCUUUAGUAAUUAAAAAUAUUUAAUACUA